AUGUACCGCUUCCACCCAGACUCCCCGGCCUGCGAGGGGCGCGUGCCCGGCGUGUCCGAUGCACAGGCCAGGUCCACGUAUGCGCGCAUGCACGAGGCUUGUGUGGCAAGGCUGGAAUCGCUGCUGGACACCACGGCCGGCAUGCUGCGGGAACCUGUCGCGUGUUGCGAGGGUGCUGGCAGGCCUGGCAAUCCCAAGCUGUACAGUCAUGCAGGGCUGAGGAGAGCCGUGUCGCUGCUCAAUUUUCUUGCCUACCUCCUACCACCAGACAUGGUGCUCACCAGGGUCCAGCCCUUGCUCCUGCCCAAUGAGGCUGGCCCCUUCUGCUUCCCUCGGUGUGACGCGCGGGCGCGCAUCAUCCUGCUACGAGGCUGCAUCGACCUCCUCCGCACUCUGCACUGGCGGCAGCUGUCCUUGGAUGGUGUGGUCGCCACCCUGGCCGACCUGCUUGCAAACCUGGUGGAGGACCUCUCCAUGGCGCUCCCCUUGCUGGAAGGGAUGCUGGACAGCGAAAGCCUGCCUCUGGGCGACGUGCGCAUAGGACCCUGGGUGCCCAAUCUGCAGGCCUCACAGGUGGAGCAGUUUGCUCAGCUCAGCACACUCUUCGCGACGACGCAGCAGGUUGCACAGUACGGCCUGUCCAAUGUGGCGGGGUUGGCGGCCUCACACAUGGGCCUUGCGGCGGGGAGGCUGCUGAGCCCCAGGCUCCUGCAGGCCCUCCUUUCCUCCACCGCACGCCUGCAUCGUGACACACGCCGAGAAGGAUUGGCCCUGGUCUGCGAGGCCCUGGACGCGACGCAGGUGGCAGUGUCGUCCGGGGCGCUGAUGCAGCUGGGCGCUGCGGAGCGCAGCGUGGCGCAGGCGGCCCUGGAGGCCCUGUGCCAGGCCGUGAAGUCCGCAGCCCUGCCCUGCCUGGAGGCCAUGGUGGAGGCGCUGGCGAGGUGCCUGGCCUUCCUGCUGGAUCAGCGGCGCCUUUCCUGGGAUGCGGUGGAGAGGCUGGCAACCUCCCCCCACCACCCCGACGCCUUCUGGCGGGUGGCCAACCGCACGUACCGCCAGCUGGCCUGCUUCCUGCUGGCCCAGACCCUGCAGCACGCGCCGCUGUCCCUGACCUCCCCGGGGUCGAUCGCGGGCAUGCUGCGCAUCUGGCUCCAGGCCCAGUUCGAGGGCGCAGGUCGGCUGGGGCCCUGGUACACCACCGCGGUCCUGGCCGGCGCCGCCGGCACUCGUCCAUUCUUCCUGGACGUGCGCGAGGAGGACGUGGCGGCGCUGCAGUCCAGUGUAGACCCCGAGGCCAGGGCCGCCCUGGUUGCGGGGGUGGUUCGCCGCGUGGCCCUGGAAGCCAGGGCGCAGCUGGGGCCCGCGCUGUGUGACCUGGAUGCGAUGCUGGCCGCCCGGUGCCGAGAGGUGGGCGCCACGGCGUUCGACCCUGGGGUCGCCGCCCAGCGGUACGCCGGCCUGGCCUGGCCCCUGCUGCACGGCAUCCUGGCAGAGCUGGCCGUGGCGGAAGGGUACUCGCGCCUGGACCCCGCCCUGUCGCACCUGCGGCACGCAGGGUCGGUCCGCUUGGCCUCCUGGGUCGCGGAGGCGGCGCUCUCUCUGGCCCGCGAUGGAAGUGGACGGGGCGGUUCCAGCGGCGCCGCGGCAAACACCAGCCUGGAGGCGGUGGGCGUGCUGCGCCGGCGGGCACAGGCCACGGUCCUGCGCCAUCUGCCCUCCCUCUGGUCCCUGAUGCUGACCUGGCGGCCCCAGGCCACGCCGCUGCUGGAGGACCACGGUGUGCAGCAGCCCCUCUGGACCGUGGCGGCCGCCUUCCUAGAGCUGGGCAGCGGCGCUGAGCAGGCUUCGCCCUCGGACGCCGUGCUGGCAGAGACUCUGGCCCGCUCCCUGGCGGAGCCGGGGCCGGGGCUAGAUUCGAUCGCGCUGGGCGAGCUGCGCGGCGCGGUGGUGGCCGGCUUCUGCGCACGCGCUCUGGCGCGCGUGUCCAUCCGCCACGUCAGCAAUGAGCGCGUCGCCGUCGUCGCGCUGCGCCUGGUCCAGGUCAUCUGGGCCCUGCUGACCCAGCCCAGCAUGCGCAGCGCGGCGGCAACACUCUCCGUGCUGCAGCCCCUGCUGCGCGUCCUGCUGGAGGUGCUGUGCCCCGCCUCCGAUGUCCAGUCAGUGGGCACGCAGUCCGCCGCCCUGGAGCUCCUGGCGGGGGUCCUGCCCCGCUGCGCACGCGCGCCGCCGAGCGACGACGCCCGCGCGCUGGCCGUGUUCUGGCGCGCUGCCGCGGAGGGCGCGCUGCUGGCCGUGGCCGCCUGCCUACCCCCCUUCCGGCCGGCAGGCUUUGCCUGGAGCCGGGCGGACCGGGCCGUGGGGCUGGUGCAGGCCAUGGUGCUGGCCGUGGCGCGGGCGCACGGGGAGGAAAGCGGGGCGGGGAUCGAGCAUCAGCGGGUCGGGCGCGGGGCGGUGUCGAUGCAGCACGGGGUCGCCAUCGACGAAGAACCCUCGCUGGGGGCAGGCAUCAACCCCGCGGGUGACCAGCCGCUCUGGCCCGUGCCGGAGCACAGCCCCGGGUUCCUCGCUUUCCCGGCCAUGCACUACCUGAUCGCGGGCGGCGGGGUGGCCGCCAAGCCCCUGGCCCCGGCCUACCGCGCGCUGCGGGCGAGCAUGGCGGGGUGCGCCUCCGGGGCCCUCCUGCUGGCCAGCCUCCCCCUGAAGAGGGUGGGUGGGACCGGGGAGGGCGCGACAGGUGACGGCGAGGAGCGAGGGCCGGGUGGGGCCGGGGGCGCUCGGCCCGUGCUGGCCCGGAAGCAGGGCCUGAGGAGCGAGGGCGAGGCGGGCGGCGUGGGCGGCCGCCUCUGCGGCACCCCGACCCCGAAGACGCUCGAGAACGGCACUGCAGUGCUCCUGUUCCUGCUCACGGAGGACGAUGGGCAGACCUGCAGGUGCCUGGUCAAGAACGAACCCCUGCUGGGCCAGCUGCGCCGGAGCCUGCGCUUAGAGGGCCCUGCCCCUGCCUCCAUGGAUAUCAAGAUCAGCCUCUGCCCCAUGAAGUGUAUCAAAGUGGAGAACGGGGUGUCGAGCCUGCGAGACCUCCCUGACACAGAGUAUGGCGGGAGGGUGGAGAUUGCCCCGUGCGAUGCAGCCGCCAGGGUCAGAACGGAUGAGGCGGCUCCUUCCAUCUCCGUGGCGUGCAGCCAGGCUGGCCCUGCGCGCGGCACGCCCAGGGCGAGGGAGUCGGAGCACGAGGUGUACAGCCAGGUCACCCCUGCCUUCUCCUGGGCGCCCCGGGGUGGGGCGGCUCCCACCGGCAGCAGUCAGGCGAGCAUGCAGCCUGCAAGUAGUCUGGGUGGGCGGAAAGGGUCGGUGGUGGAGAGGCUGAGCUCCGUGCUGGCCCGGCUGGCAGAGGAGGGCGUGCCCAAACAGGAAAGGAAUGCGGCCCUUAAACGUGCCUCGCUUUCUUGCUUGGCCCAGGCCCUGCACUGGCUGGUGCAUUCCGCCCCCCUGUCGGCCACGGCUCGUUGCGCCGAGUACAGGCACGAUGGGGCCCUGGCCUCCCUGCGCAGCCUCAGCAUCAGCGUGGCUGCCAGUGCUGAGGCUGAGGGCAGGGACGAGGAGGAGCUGCUGCUGGGAACCGAGGCCUCGACCCUGAUGGAUGCCGCCGGGACACUGCACCUGUCCUCUGGGUCGGCCCAGGAAAGCAGCGCCGCCUCAAGAGCCCCAUGCCAGCACAUGCUGCCGUCGCCAUCCACACCGCCUGCGGGAGCGUUCGGGGAUCACCAGGCCCUGGGAUCGGCAGCGACCGAGCAUGCUGAGGUGGCACCACCCCCACCCUUCCUGCUCCCCGGGGUGGUGGCCUCCCGGCAGAGGCACCUGGGUCCCCCCAGUCAUGCUCCCAGCUCCAGUCUGGGUCCGCUGGAGGGUGACAUGUUCCACGGCGGUGAGUAUGGGAGUUGGCUGAGGCUCUGCGCAUGCCAGAGGCACUCUCAGGACGGUGCCCGCCUGCGACGAUGCAUCCUCGAUUCAUCCCUGAAACUCAUCCCCGACCCAUCUCCUACACCCUCUUGGCACGCAGAUGGCGGGCCGGCCCCAGCCGCCCUGCCCCCCUUCCUCCCCUCCCAGCGACCCGCGGUGGGUUCCAGGCGGUCCCGUGACCCGGGUGCAAUCUACCGAGGGAGCGAAGCCCUGCCUGACUUUGGCAUGGAUCUGGAGGGAGAGCGGUCUGCUGAGCACAGCGAGGAGGAGGAGGAGGACAGCGAUGUCUCGGGCAGCGCCUCAUCGGACGGUGGGGAGUCGGAUGCAGACAUCGACCUGGGGCGGCUGCAAGCUGCGCCUGCCGAGGCUCCAUCCCCUCAAGCUGCGACCAUGCCCCGAGACACCCAGGCUCUGGAACGGCGGGGCGCCGAGGGUGCAGGGGCCUCGGAGCCGCCGGCGGCCGCGCAGCAGAGCCGUUUCAGGCAAGGCAGGAAGGCCAAGGGGAUCGAGGACGGGCAGCUGGAUGAUGAUGAUGUGGCAGCGCGGAGGUACGCAAGGCUUGUACCCCAGAUGAUAAGGUCGAUCCCAGAUGAGGAGGACUGCAAGCGUGCAAGGCAGGCCUACCGACACUGGUUCAACAUGGCCUCGGAUCCCUGGGACAGGUGGGUCUGGUGA